CUCCCGUCUGCUUCCGGAAGCUCAGCUCAAAAUGCUGAACUGCUUCUGGAAGUCGCUGGUGCUGUGGUAGUUGGAGUCUGUUCUCGGGCCUGAGCCUCGAGGCCAGGCUCCUGGGUGUCGUUAAUGUUCGGGGCCGCCGGGCGCCAACCGAUCGGAGCUCCAGCCGCCGGGAACAGCUGGCAUUUCAGUCGAACCAUGGAAGAACUGGUUCAUGAUCUUGUCUCAGCAUUGGAGGAGAGCUCAGAGCAAGCUCGAGGUGGAUUUGCUGAAACAGGAGAUCAUUCUCGAAGUAUAUCUUGCCCUCUGAAACGCCAGGCAAGGAAAAGGAGAGGGAGAAAACGGAGAUCAUAUAAUGUUCACCACCCAUGGGAGACUGGUCACUGCUUAAGUGAAGGCUCUGACUCUAGUUUAGAGGAACCAAGCAAGGACUAUAGAGAGAAUCACAAUAAUAAUAAAAAAGAUCACAGUGACUCUGAUGACCAAAUGUUAGUGGCUAAGCGCAGGCCAUCAUCAAACUUAAAUAAUAAUGUACGAGGAAAAAGACCUCUGUGGCACGAAUCUGACUUUGCCGUGGACAACCUUGGGAACAGAACUCUGCGCAGAAGGAGAAAGGUAAAACGCAUGGCCGUGGACCUCCCACAGGACAUCUCUAACAAACGGACAAUGACCCAGCCCCUUGAAGGUUGUAGAGAUCAGGACAUGGACAGUGAUAGAGCUUACCAAUAUCAAGAGUUUACCAAGAACAAAGUCAAAAAAAGGAAAUUGAAAAUAAUUAGACAAGGACCAAAAAUCCAAGAUGAAGGAGUAGUUUUAGAAAGUGAGGAAAUAAGCCAGACCAGUAAGGACAAAAUGGACUACGAAGAGCAAAAAGUCUCAGACGAACUCAUGAGUGAAAGUGAUUCCAGCAGUCUCAGCAGCACCGAUGCUGGUUUAUUUACCAAUGAUGAGGGAAGGCAAGGUGACGAUGAGCAGAGUGACUGGUUUUAUGAGAAGGAAUCAGGUGGAGCAUGUGGCAUCACUGGGGUCGUGCCCUGGUGGGAAAAGGAAGAUCCUACCGAGCUAGACAAAAAUUUACCAGAUCCUGUCUUUGAAAGUAUCUUAACUGGUUCUUUCCCUCUUAUGUCACAUCCGGGAAGAAGAGGUUUCCAAGCUAGACUCAGUCGCCUUCAUGGACUGCCUUCCAAGAACAUUAAAAAAUCAGGAGGGACCACAACUUCAAUGGUGGGCACCCCGGGCCCUGUCAGUAACAAGAGAAUGGUUCACUUUUCCCCAGAUUCACAUCACCAUGACCAUUGGUUUAGCCCUGGCACUAAGACAGAGCAUGGCCAGCAUCAGCUUCUGAGAGAUAACCGAGCUGAAAGAGGACACAAGAAAAACUGUUCUGUGAAAACAGCCAGCAGGCAAACAAGCAUGCAUUUGGGAUCCCUAUGCACUGGAGAUAUCAAGCGGAGAAGAAAAGCUGCACCCUUGCCUGGACCUACCACAGCAGGAUUUGUAGGAGAAAACGCCCAGCCAAUCCUAGAAAGCAACAUUGGAAAUCGAAUGCUCCAGAAUAUGGGCUGGACACCUGGGUCAGGCCUUGGACGAGACGGCAAGGGGAUCGCGGAGCCAAUCCAAGCCAUGCAGAGGCCAAAAGGAUUAGGUCUUGGAUUUCCUCUACCAAAAAGCACCCCUGCACCUGCCACUCCCAAUUCAGGAAAAUCCGCCUGAGAAGAAAAACAAAGAAGAAAUGUUUUACAAUUUUUAUUUAAUAUAUAUAUAUAUAUGUACAUACAUACGUACACAUAUAUAUGUGUACGCACAUAUAUACAUAUGUAUGUACACAUAUAUAUGUGUGUAUGUAUGUAUAUAUACGUAUGUACAUAUUUAUAUAUGUAUGUGUGUAUAUAUAUACAUACGUAUAUAUAUAUUCCAUUGUAUGUAUGUAUAUAUGUGUGUGUGUGUGUGUGUGUGUAUAUAUAUAUAUAUAUAUAUAUAUAUAUAUAUUCCAUUGCCCUAAAAUUACAACAUAGCUUCCGUUUUCGAAGCAGAAAUUGACCUUGCCUCAAACUCCUCACUCUAGCGUCCUGCGAAUGGUCCUGCCACAGUGAUAGAAAUGGGGUUCCCUCACAGUUACUGGUGCUAAAGUGAAAACCUUUACCUUUAAAAAUUUUUUCAGCAACUUCCAGUUAUUUCUAGGUAUAAAUAACAGCUUGUUGCCCCUAUUUAUUUUGAUCUCAUAGGUCAGUCAUUUCUAGCUGGAUUCAGUCAUUAUGUGUGCAAUGCCCAGGCAAACAUGAGACACCCACGUGUUUCUCAAAUGGGAUAGGCCAGAAAGGAUGUUGUUUCCUAUCACACCCAGAACUCAAAGACCGAUCAUCACGUCAAUGAAGUCCUAAGCAAAUCUUUGUUUGAAAGGCUUGCCAAUUUCACAUUCCUUGAAUCUGGCUUUUUCGUGAGGCUUCUGUAAUGGGGUGGUACCCAUUCAUCUAUCCUUGGACAGGGUAGUAUCAGGUUCACAGUUGACAAACAGUGAUUAAUGUUUCCCUCUGACAUUGUUGACCAAAACAAACCUCAUCAUUGUUAUCACCGGAGUGCCCUCAACAUGACUUGUGGAUUUUACCAAUUUUACCUCAUUUAGAACAUCAAAUAAUUAUUGAAAGAAAAAUGUAUUUUUUCAAUUCACCAUGACCGAACUGUAAAUUCUAUUCAUCUAGAUUUACUUCUACCUCUGUCUUCCCAAAGGUUGAUAUUUUUUUAGAUCAAUGCAACUGUAGUAAACUAAUUUUCAGUUUUAA